GCGAGUGUACCGAUCGGCGAAUGCACAAACACAUCGCCCACACUCUCACGUACGAUCCUUGUAUAUUUAGGCAUUACCACCACCUUCGGUCCGUGCGUCCUUUGCUGAGUGGGUGGGUGAGGGAGAAAUGUCCGGACUGGGUUCGAGUACCAGGCCGUUGGCACGUUGUCGCUGGUGCUUCUCUGGGCAGUCCACCUUCCUCUUUCGAAGGCCAAGUACGCAUGUAUAUACACAGAGGAGGAGUGCGGGCUUGGAAAUAUUUUUUUUUCUUCCUUGGCCGAGAGUGGCCUCUUUCUCUCUUUCUCUCGCUCUUGAAAGACAGACGGAGAGCAAACCCUGUUGGAGGUUCACUGAAGUGAGACACUCUAAGAACAUAAGAGAUCUAUCCUCCUAGCCUCGUAGUGACAUUGUGAGAUAGGAUCUUCGAUGAGGAACAAUCAUGACUUGACUCCCCGAUUGAACCCCAAAGCCAGUCCAAGAUAAGACAAGUCGUUUUGGUUCAAGUGGGCUCGACAAACAGUCGGAAACCGAAUUCGCAUAGUCAUCUGUGGACAUCAGAAUGUCUCAAAACGGCCUUCCGGAUCAGCGGUAUCGUUUGGUGGUCUUGGGCGAUGGUGGGGUGGGUAAAUCUGCCUUGACCCUGCAAUAUGUGCAACGAAACUUCCUCGAAUACCAUGACCCCACCAUUGAGGAUGCCUACAUUCAGAGAACCACCAUCGAUGGACAGCCUUGUCUGCUCAACAUUCUGGACACGGCGGGUCAAGCCGAGUUCACGGCCAUGCGUGAACAGUACAUGCGAGGCGGCGAAGGCUUCAUCAUAUGCUACUCGAUUGCGGAUAAGCAUUCGUUCCUAGAGGCCGAAGAGUACAGAAAACUGAUCUUGAAGGUUCGCGCCGACGACAAAGUUCCGGUUAUUCUGGUGGGCAACAAGAUUGAUCUCGAAGACCAAAGACGGGUUAGCACCGAGGAUGGUGCCGCUUUGGCCAACAAAUUCAAUUGCAAAUUCAUUGAAACCUCGGCAGCAGAUCGUCGCCAUGUGGACGAGGCAUUCCAAAUUCUAGUCAGAGAGAUCCGGAACCAUCAGCAGGGUGACGACCAAACCAAAGAACACGAGAUCUCUCGAUGGAAGAAGCUCUGGUCCUCAAUAGUGAAGAAAACCAAACGAAAGCGCAGACACUAGAGCGCUAACCAGCUCACGAUCUCAAUUCUCAAGACCUCGCUCGUCUCAGUAACAAACAACCAAAUGGAUCAGAAGACUUACGAGAGAAGCAACAACCAUUUGAUGUUUGUUAUUCCUACUUGACUACUUUCUGUUUAGCUACGCAUUGGCAUUGGUACCGAUCAAGUUUCGAUUCUGUGGUUCUUGUUGAAUCUUUUGGCCAAUGCUGAAGACUCCAUGAGCCUAGUAUUAUUUCAUGACGAACCAGUUGCUUAACAUUCAUGGCAUGCCAAGCCUCACACAAAUUAGACCUGGUGAUACUUAUUGUUCAAAAUGUGUGUCAUGUUUGCAAAAUUUCGCAUUAAUGCCACGUUAAUGAAUGUAAUUUGUAUUUAUUUUGCAACUUGCAUGUCAAAAGUUCUCCAAGCCAAAAGAGAAAUUUAUCCCGUUGUUCAUUUUUAUGAUGUUGAAUUGUUGUUCAGGAAUGCAGCAAACCCCUGAGAAAAUAAAUUAUUUAUCAUUACA